AUGACUUGUGACUUUCCUCGGAACAGUACGAGUAUCGCUUUCACCGGCCUUCACUUCACGUUCAUUUCUCGGACACUUUACCCUCCACGCAACUCACUUUCACCUGUGACCCUGCCACGCAGUGAUUCAUCUGCGCCGGUCGUGAACCAGCUGCAUACACCUUCACUCUCCACUCCACUCGGCUGCGCUGUCACCGGCAUGAAUUUCGCGGUCGGAAUUUGUACUUGCAAGAGGAGGCUAUUCCUUUGAUGUAGGGCAGGAACACCCUCUGCGCGAUCUCAUCAUGCCGUCCUCAAGGCCAUGCGCGGCGUUCGAGCCAAUAUCUCCAGACUUCGACCUGAAAGCCCUGGUCGAGUCUACGCCCAACUUCGAAUGGGUCGUUCGCAUACACUGCGAUAUGAUAGAUCACCAAGGGCUGGAAAACUUCGAGAAAUUGGUUCUCAUCCAUGUCAUACUCGGUGGGAAGCCGCUUGUUAUCGAGGGUUAUGAUUUCAGGCUGGACAGGUGGACAUUUGCGCUUCAGUGGCUACGGGAUAAUUGUGGUUCGAAAGUCGAACAUGCCAGAGACCUCACCAAGAAAACCAAUGUCCCACUGACUAUCGGCCAUUACCUGAACAAUAUGGCUCUUCUUACGAACCAAUGGACUCCACGCAACUACAAAGAUCCCGAACGACAGCGCAUGUACCUCAAAGAUAUCGACUGUCCCCCGUUGUGGCACGACAAGCUGUCCGAGAUAGUGCCUCCCGGCUUGUAUUACCUCAACGAGAGCACCGGCGAUAUUGGUGGCUUUGGAGCAGUAGACGAGAACGAUCCCACUAGACCGGGCACCCGAAAGGGCCGCGGCAUUGCGAAGGCUGGUGAUCUGAUGAGCAGCUUACCGAAAGAGAUGCGCGCAGAAAACAUGAUGUGCUAUAUUGGCCACGAAGGCACAUAUACACCCGCCCAUCGAGAAAUGUGUGCCAGUCUCGGGCAGAAUAUCAUGGUGGAGGCCUCGACUGGAAUGGUCGAAGACGGCAAAAUGACAAAACCCGGCUCUUCGAUCUGGUUCAUGACUGAAAGCAAAGAGAGAGCAGUGGUCUCCGAGUACUGGCUGUCAAAACUUGGUCACGAUAUUGAGAUUGAGAACCACUUUGCUCAGAUCAACGCAUGGAAGAACGCACCUUUCAAGACUUAUGUGGUCGAACAAAAGCCAGGCGACUUCAUUUUGAUUCCGCCUCUCGCGCCACAUCAAGUCUGGAAUCGAGGUACCCGAACCAUGAAGGUCGCUUGGAAUAGAACAACGGUUGAGACCCUCGAGAUGGCGAUGCGCGAGGCACUUCCUCGAGCGCGGAUGGUGUGUCGAGAUGAGCAAUACAAAAACAAGGCCAUUGUCUACUAUACGAUGCAGAAAUACUCAAAAUCACUCAAAGCGGCAGAGAAGGUGAAACAGAAAAGCGCCGGAUCAAAACCCAAAUCGGGCAACGAUACCAAGGUUCGCCAAUUGGAAAAGGAUUUCCGGCGACUACAUCACCUCUACACGGAGAUUCUGAUAUCUGAACACUUUCUUCCGGAUCGUCCAGAGAGAAAAGUCGAGAUGCUUCCGUACGACGGCAAUGUGACUUGCUCCUAUUGCCGGUGUAACAUCUUCAACCGAUUUCUUACCUGUCCGAGCUGCGUUGGUGACCUCGGUAAUGGCGAGGAGGACACAUAUGACAUAUGUAUGGAGUGCUAUGCCAUGGGUCGAAGUUGUGCUUGCAUAUCCAAGUUGAAGUGGGUGGAACAGUGGUCGUGGAAUGACCUCACUCAAAAACACGAGCAAUGGCGGCACCAGAUCCUUCAAUAUGAAGGCAAAGUGACCGAAAGAUCCCCAGUCUCUAUCAAGACAGAGCUAGAUCGUCUCGGUAACAAAAGGACCCUGGCCCAGAUUUGCCAACUGGAGUUGGCCAGAAGACCUUUCCGCGACUUUCGCCGACCUCCAUCUCCCGUCACCGGCGACGACCGCAUUGAGGAAGACGAGGUCGACGCCAAUGGCAAUGUGAAGAAGAAAAGAAAGAUUGUGCGAUCAGACGCAUUCAUCAGGAAGCACGCCCGGUGCCAUGUUGAUAUGCACUGGGAGCCGAAGUGGAAGCAGGCAUCCUGUUCGAGCUGUGACAAAAACUACUGCUAUGGUGUGCUGUUCCGUGCAUAUGACAUGAUGCCUCGGGACAUUAUGGCGGACCCAGAUUGGAAGUGUCCAAGUUGUCGGAACAUUUGCGGUUGUCGAAAUUGUCGAAAGAAGCCCGAAUACAAGGCAUACAUCCCAGCUGGAACGGCGCUAGGGCAUGACACGAAGGCAGUGGCUGAUCCGAGGUCUGUCGAAAACCUUGUGGAUUUCAGUCAGUCCAACAUUGGGUGGAUUCAAAAAGCGGGCGAUGAUGGUGACGAUACACGUCGCCUCAAGAAACGCCGUAAAGAAGCCGACGUUGCCAAAGCUAGUGAGCCGAAGCUGGGUGAGGACUAUGUUGACGGCGAUGACGCGAAUGACGGUAUUGAAGACGGCAUCUUACGACUGGCAGAGCAUGAAGGCAUCCCAGUCGAUCCGGCUCUAGGAGCAGGACCAGUCUUGUUCGACAACUCGCCUGAGGCUGAAGACGAGUAUGAUGAACACCCUGAAGGUGCGAGGCCUGAUGGUGAUUCCACACCUGGAGAUAUUCCAUGGGUCCCAGAAGGUGGUGUCAUUCGUGAUUACCAACAUGCUUACGAUCCAACGGAGGCAAUCACGUACGAUUAUCCCGAUCCAGAAAUUGGCCGAAACCUCGCCGCAGCCGUGGAAGAAGACACAGCAGACGCCGUGCCCGAGGGCUAUGAGCCAGCUGUAGCCGAUGAGCCUGCAGAAAUCGAGAUGGUUGACAGAAAGCGCAAACGAGGUAGGCUCGACAACGGCGAGCGAUCCUAUAAAUCCAAGAAACCUGCGACUGAGAAGGCGAAGAAGCAGCAACGGAGAUCUCUCAUUGUCAAACUGCCAGUCAACAGCGACAGACUUACGGGAGUGGACCAGAUGGCAAAUGUGGCCCGGCAAGCCUUGAAUGGAGUGCCGGAAGUGCCUGCACCGGUCAUCAGCUCUGAUUUGCAAGCUCUCAACGCUGCAGCAGAUAACCCACAGCAGGUGCCGAAAAGAACUCGAGGAGUUGAACACAUUGUGGUCGAUCGUGAUGAUGACUUCACACCGGGUCGCCAUCGCGAUCGGAGGAGAGCUCUUGUCGAUGGAGCACCUCGAUCUCCUCCUGCUGCUGAGAUUACGAGACGGCAAACGCGCAUGCAGCAGACUCACUACGAGGAGCCGUCUGAAGAAGAGUUCGAUGAAGUGCUACCUGAACCUUCUGAGCGUCCGAAGUCAAGCAAAGUUGUUCGACUGGAUGAGACAGAAUUCAAUUUUGGUGACUCGGAGUCAGAGGUGAGCGAUGCUGCUCAAGAUGGUCAAGACGAAUCUUCGGCUUCCAGUCCACCGGUUGAGAUGGCCGUUGAUCCUUCACUGAAGCCAACAGCUAUACCGGUGAAGCUAACAGCUAUACCGGUGAAGCUAACAGCUAUGCCGGUGAAGCCAAUAGUUGCUCGAAAGGUUACUGAAAGCUUCGACGGUGUAUCUGAGCGGAGCACGAGAUCACCCACGAUCUCUUCCAUCGAGGCACCACCACCUAAGAGACCUACGGCUGGAAAAGCACCAGCACUCACGGUGUCGAAACCAUCAUCCAAGUCUUUGGAGGAGGCUCAAGCGAACCGACGAGCCAAGAUGGCUGCGAUUGAGAUGAUUGAAAACGACACGGAUGAUUUCGACGAUGUAUGGUCUCAGGAUUCCUUCUUGGACGAAUCUACAACGGCACCAAAGCAAGCUGGUCCACCUCCUCAACCAGCAGUAAAACCGGUUAUCCAGAACGGACAGAAGGCCAUACCCUCAGCUCCACCUGCGUCUAAACCUGUCGCGACCACAGCAGCAUGGGUCGAUAGCGACGACUCAGAUGACGAGCCACCGGCCAGAAGACCAGGACACAGCCAGGGAUUUACAAGUGUAAACAAGCCUGCGGCAAGGAAGGCAGAUGCUCCGAAGAAACGUGGAAGGCCACCGAAGUCAUCGGUCUAGAUGACUUGAGCUGUUUGUCAACAGCUGUAUGAGCGAUUCUUUAUGAGAGAUUUGGAAUGGCUACAAUCAGACAUCGAAGGUGCUGCUACCGGGAUCUUGGACUGGAGGAAGGAGACAAAGACAGCUGGCCUCCUAGUGCUGAAAUGUGGAAGCCUUGGAGAUGUUGGAUUCAGGAUACACAUAUGCAAACAAGAGCUUGUCCCAAUCGUUGUCACCAACGGUGCACGUUGUUACCAACGACAAUAGUAGACGAUACAGAAGUAAUUCAAAUCGAUGUAGUGAGGUCCAGACCCUGUUUUUGUUGGUGAUUCACGUUCGUUGUUCAAGUUGUGCUGCACAAGGGAAAUCCAAAUCCGC